UUUUCCUCACCCUGUGCCCGGCUCUCCCCCCGUGUCUCAGGUGGUCGAGGAGCUGAGGAAGCUGAUGGAGUUCUACGCCAAGGAGACGGGCAAACAGAGCAACUUCCUGGCCUUGGCCCUGUCUUCCCGCAAGAACCUCUGUGUGCACCCUGAGGUGAGCUCGCUGCGAUUCGGGAAGGAGGUGGAUGGGAAGUGCCACAGCCUGACGGCCUCGUACAUCCGCGCCCAGCGCCACGGCAACCCCUCCCUGCCUUCCUGCCGCUUCUACGAGGAGUUUGAUGCCCUUGGCCGACAGGUGCCCAUUCCCGCGGGCAUCUAUAACCUGGAUGACCUGAAGGCCUUCGGGCGCAGGAAGGGCUGGUGCCCCUACUACCUGGCCCGAUACUCG